AUGGUCAGAACUGUAUAUUCACCGGAACAUUGCCUGCAGUAUUUGGAACAAUAUGCAUGUAAAGAAAUUUUUGUCACAGGAUUAAUAUUGGGUCAGGUUACAGAUGCGCGUGAAAAUGUUAUACACUUAGCUCGAACGCCAGAAGAAAAAGGUCCUGAUAAUUUGUCUGAAACUAGUUACACUUCAGAGAAAACGGAUCCUGUAAAAAAUCUACUCGGAGUUUCAGAAGCUUGGGUUGCUGAUCAUGCUAAACAUGUUACAAGAAUGUUGCCGGGUGGUAUGUUUGUUCAAGGUAUUUUUAUAACAAGUGAUGAAGACAUUUUUGAAGACCCUAACUAUUAUAGUAAACAAUGGCAGAGACUAGACUGUUAUUAUGAAUUUGAUGAUGUCUAUCCAGUGAUUGUCAAGAAAAGUGGGAUUUCUGUGAAACAACAAUUUCAGCAAAUAUUGGAAUCUGCACAUAAAACCAUUGAAUCUAGUGUGAUCUUUAUUGACGGUGAAUUAAAAGAUGGUUCAGAGCAAUUGGAACAAAUAAUCAAAAAGAAGAAAUCAAAGAACAACACUAAAACAACACAAGAUUCACAAAAAUCAAUGCAUGUCUCUUUAUUUGUCCCAUUUGAAAAUACCAUGCCUGAAACUGUUGAGUACUUGGAGUGUGAUGGCAGUAUACACUUCAGCGGUGUAGUCUCCUCCAGUGUGUUCAUGUACUCUAAGGCUACAGUAAGCGAAGCAAUAGCUGCAGUCAAACAAGACAUUAUAAGAUCUUUAGCAUCUCGCUUUACAAUGCACUGUGAUGCAUUGAUUGAUGAUAACUUGCUUCCUGAAGAGAAAGUUUGUUUCAACGAGCCGCCACGGCGAGUACUGGUUCCUGUUGGUUCUCUGUAUUUGUGUGAUUAUCUUUUUCCUGGUGAAGCACCUGCAGAAGCUCUACUCUCUGUAAAGGAACUGCUUGAUCUGCAAAUAACAGAGGCGGAUGUCAUUUGUGAUAUUGAAACACCAGCAGAUACGUCAGAGUUUGAUGCCCUCGACCGAGAUACAAGCAGUGAAGAACUGUUAGCGACUCCACAAGAAGCAAGUCAAUUCAUGUAUAUCACUGUUAGUAAAAAUUUGUAUGUGACGGUAAUUGGCGCCCGGCAUCUUCCUUCCUUAUUUGGAUUGAGUCGAGCUCAUGGAUAUCUUGUUAAAGUAAAAGUAUUCCCCGGCGAGAGUAAAUACGAGACAACUUUGCAAGAGAGCUCGUGGCCCGUGUGGAACGAGGACUUCAAAUUCCAAUUGAAGCAGCCGACGGCGAAGAAGCCGUCGGAAAAGGUCGACCUUCAGAGCCAGCUCGCGGGCCACUUUUUAUCGCUCACCAUAUACGCAAUAUUGGAAGCGCCGAAGCCUAGCGCCGACAAGAGGAGGACCUCGAAAACGCUUGAUGCGAAAAAACCGUCCAAAUUCGCGGAGGAGGAAGAGGGUAAGCCGAAGACAGGGUUCCUCGAGAAGACCUUCAGCAGCUUUAAGUCCACUAAGACGGAGGCGGCAGCGCAGAAGCUGAUUUUGGAGAAACGGAGGACGGUCGGCGCCGCCACGUGGAACUUCGACUCGAAAUUGUUCCAGAACGACCUCAAAAACGGUCUGAUAGGCACUCCUGACAUAUGGAGGCCGAUCAACGCAAUCGCAAGUGGUCUCGCCGUGAACGACUCGAGGAGGGAGAACAAGAGGGGCCAGCUGGAGGUGACCCUGCUGUACACGGCGAGCGAGGACGGGCUCAAUGACACGGUGCAGCUGACCGUGAACCGGCUCCGGUGCAGCGUUCAGACGAUGCAGGAACAGGAGCAGUACAAAGCGCCGCUGUAUUUGAAGGCGACGAUAUUGGAAGCGCGCGCCGCAAGC